GCAGACUUCUCUGUAGAUCGCUGAGCGAUACUUUCGGCAGUACCUCCUUGAUUCUCAGUUUUGCUGGAGGCAGCAACCAGGCCCGCGCCACCACCAUGUUUCGAAAUCAGUACGACAAUGAUGUCACUGUUUGGAGCCCGCAGGGCAGGAUUCAUCAAAUUGAAUAUGCAAUGGAAGCUGUUAAACAAGGUUCAGCCACAGUUGGUUUGAAAUCAAAAACUCAUGCAGUGUUGGUUGCACUGAAAAGGGCGCAGUCAGAGCUUGCAGCUCAUCAGAAAAAAAUUCUCCAUGUUGACAACCAUAUUGGUAUCUCAAUUGCGGGGCUUACUGCUGAUGCUAGACUGUUAUGUAAUUUUAUGCGUCAGGAGUGUUUGGAUUCCAGAUUUGUAUUCGAUAGACCACUGCCUGUGUCUCGUCUUGUAUCUCUAAUUGGAAGCAAAACCCAGAUACCAACACAACGAUAUGGCCGGAGACCAUAUGGUGUUGGGCUGCUUAUUGCCGGUUAUGAUGAUAUGGGCCCUCACAUUUUCCAAACCUGUCCAUCUGCCAACUAUUUUGACUGCAGAGCCAUGUCCAUUGGAGCCCGAUCCCAGUCAGCUCGUACUUACUUGGAGAGACAUAUGUCUGAAUUUAUGGAGUGCAAUUUAAAUGAACUAGUUAAACAUGGUCUGCGUGCCUUAAGAGAGACACUUCCUGCAGAACAGGACCUAACUACAAAGAAUGUUUCCAUUGGAAUUGUUGGUAAAGACUUGGAGUUUACAAUCUAUGAUGAUGAUGAUGUGUCUCCAUUCCUCGAAGGUCUUGAAGAAAGGCCACAGAGAAAGGCACAGCCUGCUCAACCUGCUGAUGAACCUGCAGAAAAGGCUGAUGAACCAAUGGAACAUUAAGUGAUAAGCCAGUCUAUAUAUGUAUUAUCAAAUAUGUAAGAAUAUAGGCACCACAUACUGAUGACAAUAAUCUAUACUUUGAACCAAAAGUUGCAGAGUGGUGGAAUGCUAUGUUUUAGGAGUCAGUCCAGAUGUGAGUUUUUUCCAAGCAACCUCACUGAAACCUAUAUAAUGAAAUACAUUUUUCUUUGAGAGGGUCUGUAUAAUCAUUUUCUAGAAAGUAUGGGUAUCUAUACUAAUGUUUUUAUAUGAAGAAUAUAGGUGUCUUUGUGGUUUUAAAGACAACUGUGAAAUAAAAUUGUUUCAAUGCCUGGUAAAAAAAAAAAAAAAAAAAAAAAAAAAAAAAAAAAAAAAAAAA